CAGAAGGGAGAAACAUGUCAUCUAAAGGACUGACAACUUUGGAAAAGGUUUUGAUUGCCCUUUUUGUUCUUGUGACUGGUAUCUGCAUUGCUUUCAUAGCGCUCUUCUUUGUCAACGAUUCGAAGAGUAAAUCAUCUGAGAGCAAUGGCUGUGGCUCUAUAAAGCAUCUAUCGGAGUCAUCAGGAACCUUUUCAAGUCUGAAUUACCCAAAAAACUAUGACAACAGUCUAACCUGCAUGUGGGAGAUAACAGUCCCUGAGAAUAAAGUCAUUCAUCUGUGGUUUGUUGAAUUUCACGUGGUGGCAAGUUCGCUGUGCUCUGAAGAUCAUGUCACGGUGGGAGAUGAUAUCGGAACGAUAGGUACAUUCUGCGGCCACACAACACCUAAACCACUAGUCUCAGUAGGUAACAAACUUACUGUAUCCUUCAUCAGCAAAAGUAAAUCAACCGAGAAGGGAUUUGAGGCUAAGUAUGAAGCCAUUGAUCCCAGCAGGACUGCAGAAAUUAUGGGAGGCGGAGGGCACUUACAGAAUGAAGAAGGGGAAUUCUCCAUUCCAGCAUCGACAAGAAGCACUUACGCGAAUAACGCCCUUUACCAGUGGAGAUUGUCUGUUGGCUCAAACCAAAGAAUUAUGCUGACCUUUACAUCAUUUGACCUUGAACCUGAAGGUCCAGCUGGCUGCAAGGAUGUUGUUGAAGUUUAUGAUGGAGACAUCAAAGGAUCACAGAAAAUUGGACACUUCUGUGGAAAUAAAAUUCCAUCACCUGUGUAUUCCACUGGAAAUAUAUUAAUGGUUCGGUUCAGGUCAGACAGCGAAGGCACUGGAAUGGGUUUUCAUGCCAAAUACAGCGCAUUUACCGGACAAGUUACUCCGACAACCACACCAACAACUACUCGAAUAACAACACCAACAACCCAAACUCCUCCUUACAUUGAUUCUGGUUGUGACAGCAACACUUUGCAAAAUGGACGCAAAGGUAUCCUGCAUUCUAAGAAUUAUCCAGACAGCUAUCCGCCAAACCUUAUCUGCACUUGGAACAUCACUGUCCAGCAAGGCUUUCUUAUCAAAUUGACUUUCACAGAACUUGCUAUGGAUGGAGAUAUGGGAACGUGCAAUGACAAGUUGGAUGUAUCUGACAGCGCAGACGUCAUCGGGAGCUAUUGUGGCAAUUUGAAACCUCCAGUGAUCAUCAGUUCAAGCAAUCAACUUUUCUUGCAUUUCUCCACCGAUGGAACUAGAACGGACAUGGGAUUUGAAGUUCAGUGGGAGCAGGUGUACCCCGAGGACAUUGAAGAAAUUCAGUCAUGUGGCGGGUAUUCAAAUGAAGAAAGUGGUCUUAUAACAUCCCCAAUGUGGCCGUCUUCUUAUGCAGCUAACAGUUUGUGCUUGUGGCAUAUAGAGGUGCCAUCAGGAAAAAUGGUGACCCUAAAAUUCACUGAGUUUGAUGUAGAAGAAGCAGAUUUCAGUACUGGAUUAUGUUACGAUCAUUUAGCAAUUUAUGAAGAAACCACUGGCAAUGUGGUUAAAAAAGGUCCUUAUUGUGGAACUAAUCUUCCAGAAACAUUUACAUCUCAAGGCAACAUCCUUACACUUCGAUUUGUCAGUGACCUAUUCACACAAGGAAACGGAUUCAGAAUCUUCUGGUCCACUAAUCCAUUGACAACUCCUCCCACAGAUGCUCCACCUCUACCUAAUCCAUGGGAUGAUAUUCCAAUUGAGUGGCCAAGCAAGUGUGGACAACCAACUAACCCCCCGCAAAUUAAAUCAAGAAUUGUUAAUGGCGAGCCAGCCACACCACAUACUUGGCCUUGGCAAGUGUCCAUGCAGGUUUGGCCGAGUUCUCGAAAUGAAACCAUUUAUUUUCAUACUUGUGGAGGAACCCUCAUCCACAAGAACUGGGUUCUCACUGCAGCCCACUGCUUUAUCAACUAUGCAGAUGAGUUGUUCCGCUGGAGAAUGUGUCUGGGAAAGCAUAACCUAACCAUUGUGGAGCCCACUGAGCAAUGCUUUAAAAUUUUAGGCAUCUACCGCCAUGAGAAGUUCCUCUAUCCCAACAUUCCGGUGGAGUAUGACAUUGCCUUGGUGAGGCUGGAUGGCGAAGUAACAGCAUCUGCUUCUAUUGAUUUUGCUUGCUUGCCACCCAAAGAUCUAGUUUUAAGCCAAAGUUACCGCUGCCAUGCAACUGGUUGGGGGGAUGAAACAGGGAAUUCCUUAGCACCAAAAGCAGCAGAAGCUUUAAAUCAAGUGGCUCUGCCAGUUAUCCCAUAUGAGACUUGCAAAACUCCUCAAUACUGGUGGUUCCAAAUGAGAGACACGAUGAUCUGUGCCGGAUAUGAUCUACCUGAUGAGCUGAAGUCAGUGUGCCAGGGAGAUUCAGGUGGACCACUAGCCUGUCCAUCUUUGCAAGACAAUUCAACUUGGGAGGUCCAUGGGGUCACCAGUUUUGGGGUCGUUGGCUGUAUUAUGGACAAAAAGCCAAGUGUAUUUACCCGCACAUCUGCCUAUAUAGACUGGAUCCAUCAAACCAUGAAAAAAUAUUUAUUUGAUAACAAUGUGUCUCGCUGUGGCAGUGCCAAAAAUCUGGAAGAUAAGAAGGGGACAUUCACAUCAAUGAGAUUUCCUUCGACAUAUGUGAACGAUGCCAGUUGUUCAUGGAACAUUAUAGCUCCAGCGGAUAAAGUCAUCCACUUGCACUUUAAUAAUUUCUUAAUAGAAGACAGCACUGGAUGCCUCAAUGACAAAUUGUCUAUCUCAGAUGAGCUGGGUAUUCUUGGUUCACACUGUGGAAGCUAUGCUCCAUCUGACCUCGUUAGUUACAGCAAUUCCCUGUCGGUGAAUUUUAUUAGUAACAGCAGAGUGGUGGAUACAGGAUUUUCUGCAACUUGGGAAUUUGUGGACCCUGCUGCUAUCCCUGGAAUUGCACUAUGUGGAGGAAAUUAUGAUUCGGAUAACGGAGAUUUUAUGUCCCCUAACUACCCUGAUGGCUCCUACAUAAACAGUCAUGCUUGCACGUGGAAAAUUGCAGUGCAAGCAGGCAAACAACUCCAGAUUGCCUUCACAGACUUUUCUCUUCAAGCUGCCGUCGCAGGAGUUUGUCCGGACUAUGUUGAAGUUUAUGACGGAGAUAAAGCCGGAGCUCCUGUAUUGGGCCGGUUCUGUGGAUUUUCUGUUCCGGGUCCAGUAAAAACAACAGGAAAUACGGCAGUCAUUAAGUUCAUCACCAACCAUGAUGUAACACGUGUAGGUUUCCACGGCUACUGGACUACAAAUCUGACUAAUAUUCUUGACUUGCCUCCAAGUCCUGCAAAGCCAUGGAGUGAUGUAGCAAUUGAUUGGCCUGCAUCUUGUGACCCAUCCAGUGAGGCUAUACGCAGUGAGUCUCCAGUGCUUCUUCAAUCUCAGGUCCACCUCUCUGUACAAAGUCGUGCCAGGCCAAUUGUUCCAUUCCAGCAUAAGUGUGUGGGUACUCUCAUCAAUACACAGUGGGUCCUGCUGUCUGCUCACUGCAUACAAUCUAUCCAGAGAGCUGACAACCUGCGAGUGUGUUCUGAAUCAACAUCAUCUCAGAGAUGCUAUGAAGUAGAUGCCAUAAUCAGACAUGAGAACUUUGUAUAUUCGCUGACUGAUGACCAUUCCCAUGAUAUUGCUCUCCUGCACCUGUCUAAACAUGUGUCAGAUAUACAACCAACGUGCCUGCCUGCUGCUGAAGACUUCUUGCCACCUACGGAACAAUGCUACUGGGCAGGAUGGACGGCUGGUACAGACUUAUUACUUCCAAUGUCCAUCGUUCAGUAUGAAACCUGCAGCCAACCUAAAUACUGGUGGGGCCAAGUAAAACCUUCCAUGAUCUGUGCAAGUUCAGAAUCACCGGAAAAGCCCAAUUCUACAUGUAAUAGUGACACACAAGGAGUGCUUAUCUGUAAAACAGACACCACGUGGGAAGUUCAUGGCAUUGCCAGUUUUGGGUCAUCAGAAUGCAUUGUGGAGAGAAAGCCUCCUGUCUUCACAAAAGUAUCUGUGUACAAGGAUUGGAUCAUAGAUAACAUCAAAAGGUUCACCUAUGAGAAUGAACCUGUAAAGAAAAUGUAAUAAU